AUUAGUUUCUCCCACAUAUUUCACCUUUUCUAAGCAACUUGCCCAAACAACAUUAAAUAAACCUAAAUAUCCCCUUCAUACAUUUAUAACAUCUUCUUUUGCUUUUAUCAGCACAAAAAAAAUCAGAGCUUUAAAGCUUUAAUCCACAUUCUCUAUUAUGUUUGUGCUUUUGGUCUCACUUUAAAAAUCAUUUACAUAAAUACCCAAGUUGAGAGUUUUCUCCUGAGAACAAUAUGUUGGAAGGUCUUGUCUCUCCAGAAAACUUGUCCUUAAGCUCCAUGGACAUGAGUGUACUUGAAAGGCUUAAAUGGCUGCGACAGCAACAACAAAAACAAGUUGUGUCUCAGAGCAGUGACAAUUCACCUGAACUUCUUCAGAUACUUCAGUUCCAUGAAAGUAACAAUGAUGAGUUGCUGCAGAGUACCUUCAGCCAUUUCCAAAUGCUUGGAUCUGGUUUUGGACCAAACCCUAACAUGGGUUUUGGUCCUUCACGUGAAGCUAUGGAUGGCUGCAUUUCAAGAACAAGUAGCCUUCAGAUGGAUCCAGUGGAUACAAUGGGGGUUAUGUUGAAGAACAGUGAAGAAAACAGAACUAUUUCCUCGAAAAACAAGAGAAAAUCAGAGGUUAAGAGAAGGGAGGAGGAAAAGACAGAGAAGAAGAUCAAAGUAGCGGCUGAGACAGAGUCAAACAUGAAAGGAAAAUCAAGCAUGAGUAACAACACGGAAGCAUCUUCAGACACUUCAAAAGAGACAUCAAAGGGAGCUUCAGAGAUCCAGAAGUUGGAUUAUAUCCACGUCAGAUCUCGUCGAGGCCAAGCCACAGACAGACACAGUUUAGCAGAACGGGCAAGAAGAGAAAAGAUCAGCAAGAAGAUGAAAUAUCUGCAAGAUAUUGUCCCUGGAUGCAAAAAAGUCACUGGACAAGCUGGUAUGCUUGAUGAGAUCAUCAAUUAUGUUCAAUCUCUCCAGACCCAAGUUGAGUUCUUGUCAAUGAAACUCGCUGUCCUAAACUCAGAACUGGAGCUUGCGGUUGAAGAUUUAUAUGUAAAACAAGAUCAAACUGUUAUUAUUCAAAAACUUCUCAUAAUAUUCUUUUUGUUUUAUUAUGAAUUUCAGUUGCAUGCUUACUUUACAAAUCUUCCAGUAGUAAAUGCUUCAAAGCCAUCAAUAAUGGUGGAUGUGCCAUUGUUUCCGCUAGAUCAACAAGGAUCUCUAGAUUUAUCGGUGAUAAACCUGAGCCAAACAACAUCUAUUGAAGCUCCAUCGGCAAGCUGGGAAACUCAAUCACGGAGUCUCUUCAACACAUCUAGCCUCGGAUUUCACUACUAAGAAAAGAUUCACUGAAGCGACAAAGUUGACAUCAUCAGAAUCAGAAUCAUAUUCUAUUAUAUAUGCUGAUCAAAGUGAUAAUUUCGCAAUUUGGUUCAGCUUUUACAUUAUCAUUUGAUCCUUUUUUCUGAUAUAUAAACCUGAAUAACUGGAGAGAGCAAUUUAGUGGUCUUGACUCCAUCAAUCUUUGUAUAAAUUUUGUUAAAUAAAGUAAUAUAUAUAGAGAGAAAGUGAGUAAGUAAAAACUUUGACUUCCCGAUUGCUGGGUGUUUUUGUUGUGGUUCUUCAUUCCCGCAGAGUUUAAGUUA